CAAGUUGUAAUUUAGCUUCAUUUAUUUUAGAUUUAUCUUUAGAUCGACGGGCUAAUUUAGGCACCCCUAUUGACAAUUUAACGUUCUAAAUUAUGAAUACUGAGAGUGAUUACACACUUUGUAACUUAGAUUCGCAACAUUAUGGAAACGGUUAUUCUAAUUCAGAAAUCCCAAACAAUAUUUAUGGAUAUAAUGCUGUUAAUAAUCGUUCGUUAGAUACGGGACAAAAUUAUUACGGAUCAGAAAAUGUCAUUCCACACAAUUUGUCCGGAGUAGACCUUUCACUUGGAAACGGACAGUGUCUUUCAUAUCCAGUAAAUUCCACUAUCAUUCCAAGACAUUCGAGAAAUUCCGGAUAUGAUCUACCUGAAAACCAAAGCCAUUUGGUGGACAAUUACUUAAAUGGGCAUAAUCAUAAUGGUUUGACAAUAAACGGUGACAUUCAUCUUGGAGGGGCUCAGAUGAGUCUAUCCCCCGGACGGACAAACUAUCCUAACGCUUGUUUAGAAAAUUACGGAUCGUGUUCGUUGUCAAACCCGUAUGGUUCUUCUCUUCAGCAACCAUCUCAUGCAACACAAAUAAAACAGGAGCCUAUUUCUGGACAAGAACUGCAAACAAAGCCGUUCCGGUGGAUGCAAAUUAAACGGAACACCCCAAAAACAGGUACAACAAAAGCAGCAACUGAUUUUGGAUAUUCCCCUACAACUACGUCAUCAGCAGCCUCGCAACCAAACAUGGGAAGGACAAACUUUACAAACAAACAAUUAACAGAAUUAGAAAAAGAAUUCCACUUUAACAAAUAUCUUACUAGAGCAAGACGGAUAGAGAUUGCAGCUUCCUUAGGACUAAAUGAAACACAAGUGAAAAUUUGGUUUCAAAACAGGAGAAUGAAACAAAAGAAACGCAUGAAAGAAGCAGCAUUCGAAAGUUCUAUUAAAGAUGGCUGUCAAAUUAGUUUAGAUGGACUUUCAAUGACAGCAAUGGGUUUAUGUCAGGACAGUCGAUAAAUUGAUUAAUUGCAUGGUAAAAACUUUACUUUUUUCCUGAUAUCUGUCUAAAUGGCGGGUUAAUUCACCCAGUUUAUUUCAAAUCGGAUUGGUUCGUGACUUAGUCACUAUCAGAUGUACACGUUGUUUUAGCAGAAGUACAAAGAAAAAGGCGAACCAGGAUAAAAAGUACAAAUUGGAAUCAUUUUCGAAAGAAUAAAUUGUUUGGAUUGUUUUCUUUUCAUAUCUGCAUAGCGACAAUGCCUACAAAUACAGACCAUCUGGACGAUAACAAUUAGUGCUUUUUAUUGUCGAAGGGAGAUAAUUCGUUUUAUAUUUAAGUCUUCAAGCAACAAUAUUUAUUUUUGUCUCAUAAACGUAAAUGAUUGAAUGGCACAUAGUUAUACUAUUGUCAACAUUCCAUAAAUGAAGGAAUCCAUUUUCGUGAACUAUUUCAGACGGCGUUAUGAUAACUUGGCAAGUUGGUGCUCGUUUCAGUGUGACUUUGCGAUUUUGUUUUGUUUUCUAUUACUAUGUUAAAUGUUUGUAUGCUCGUGAUUGUGUUCGUACUGUACAAAUGAUGCUCAAUCUUUAAAUAGUUAUUUAUAACAUUGAAAAUUUAUAAAACAGUUGAACAUGAAAUGUCAUUGUGUAUGAUAAAAUGUGUGACGUCAUAUUUGGCGUUAUAAAAUAUUAAAUAUUAUGGUGCAAUA